AAAUCAUAAAUUUUGAACUAGCUCGCCGACCAAACUAACCUUAAAUACCAGCCAAGUAAAAACAUAGCUCACUCAUUCCAUCAUUCCACAAAAACAACAGAUUCUUGGUUCCUAGUCACAACAAAAAAUGAAGAAAACUUCAACUUGUGUCACCUUUUUCCCUCUUCAUAUUCUUCUUCUCUCUUGUUUCCUUCUCCAUCUCACUCAAUCCUUUCCUCUAAUGAAAGACGAAGACGAUGAUUUGGUUGAUCAAAUAUGCAAAAAGACACCAUUUUAUGACCUAUGCAGCUCCAUCUUACAUGCCAACCCUCUAGCUCCGAAAUCUGAUCCUAAAGGCAUGGCCCUCAUAAUGGUUAACGACCUCUUGGCAAAUGCUAGUGACACACUGAGUUUCAUUGAAGAGCUUAUCAAACAGACAUCAGACAAAGAGUUGGAGCAACAGUUGGCUUUUUGUGCUGAGUCAUAUAUUCCGGUUGUGAAAUAUAUUAUUCCACAAGCAGCUGAAGCUAUAAGCCAAGGUAGAUUUGGGUUUGCAAGUUACUCCAUUGUUGAUGCUGAGAAGGAAAUUGAUGCUUGCAACAAGAAAUUCUCUGGUAGUUCAGUCUUAGGUGAUAGGAAUAGCAUUAUGCAGAAGCUGGUGGAUGUAGCCGCAGCCAUUGUAAAGUUAUUAUUAAAUGGUUGAUUUGUUUAUUCUUAUUCAAUAAAUAAAUACUUGAUUUUAGAUUA